AUGACCUUCACCUUCAAAGCCCUGCUCUGUAUAGGACUUACUCUGAGUCUCCGGAUCCCAGUGCUGGCAGGGGCCUUCCCUAAGCCUAUUCUCAGAAUACAGCCAGACUCUGUGGUCUACAAGCAGACUAAAGUAACCUUCUUGUGUGAGGGUACAACAGAAGUCAAAGAGUACCGCCUGUAUAAAGAUGGAUACAAAUAUUUAAGGACCACAGGGAUUCCACAGAAUCCUAGGGGCAAGACAGAAUUCUCAAUCUCAAAAAUAGGCCCUGAAGAAGCAGGGAGAUACAGCUGUCAAUACAGGACCCGUCAUGGAUGGUCAGAGUACAGUGAUUCCUUGGAGCUGGUGGUGACAGGAAUCUACGGGAAACCCAGUCUGUCAGUUCAGCCCAGUCCUGUGGUGAGUGAAGGAAGCCUGCUCACCUUCCAGUGUAUCUCAGGGAAGCAAUAUGACAGGUUUGUUCUGACUAAGGAAGGACCACAGAAGCUCUCCUGGAUGCUGGAUUCAAAGUAUAACCACUCUACUCAGCAGUACCAGGCAAUGUUCUCUGUGGGCCCUGUGACCUCCAGCCAAAGGUGGACAUUCAGGUGCUACAACUUUAACAAGAACAGCCCAUUGCUGUGGUCAGAACCUAGUGAGCCCCUGGAGCUCCUGUUUUCAGGGACCCUCCACAAACCCACCAUCCAGGCUGAGCCAGGAUCUGUGAUCACCUCAGGAAGUCCCAUGGAUAUCUGGUGUCAGGGGACACUGGAUGCAGAAAUCUAUGUUCUGCAUAAAGAUGGAAGCCAAAAACCCUGGGGCAUACAAAUACCUCAGAAACCUGAGAACAAGGCCAAGUUCUCCAUUUCUAAUGUCACAUAUCAACUUGCAGGACAGUAUCACUGUUAUUCUUACAGUUUGGAAGGCUGGUCAGAACGUAGUGAUACUCUGGAACUGGUAGUGACAGGAAUCUACAACAUUAAAUCCCACCUGACAGCCCUGCCCAGCCCUGUGGUGUCCUCAGGAGGGAAAAUGACUCUCCAAUGUGUCUCAAGGGAGAGAUAUGACAAGUUCAUUCUCACAAAGGAAGAUCAGAAGUUCCUCAGUUCCUUGGACUCACAAUAUAUACGCAGUAUUAGGCAAUACCAAACUUUGUUCUCUAUAGAUCGUGUAACACCAGACCACAGAGGGACAUUCAGAUGUUAUGGUUUCUACAAGGAUACUCUACAGUUAUGGUCAGUACCCAGUGAACCCCUGGAAAUACACAUCUCUGGCCUGUCUAAGAAGCCCUCCCUACUGACUCACCAAGGCCAUAUCCUGGAUCCUGGAAAGAGCCUCACCCUGCAGUGUUGCUCUGACAUCAAAUAUGACAGAUUUGCCCUGUACAAAUUGGGGGGAGCUGACUUCAUCCAGCGUGAUGGCCAGUGGACCCAGGCUGGUCUCUCCUUGGCCAACUUCACAUUGGGCCUUGUGAGUAAGUCUACCAGAGGCCAGUACAGAUGCUAUGGUAAACACAACCUCUCCUCUGAGUGGUCAGCCUCCAGUGACCCUCUGGACAUCCUGAUCACAGGGCAGUUUCCUGUCAAGCCUUCCCUCUCAGCAAAGCCUAACUCCACAGUACACUCAGGAGACAAUGUGACCCUGCUGUGCCAAUCAUCAUACAAAGUAGACACUUUCAUUCUGUCCAAGGAGGGAGCAGCCCACCAAUCCCAGCAAUUAAAAGCAAAGUUCCAAGUUUGGGAGUUCCAGGCAGAAUUCUCCAUGAGUGCUGUGACCUCUGACUUCUCAGGCACCUACAGGUGCUAUGGUUCUGAAGACACUUCUCUCUACCUGUUGUCAUAUGCCAGUGCCCCUGUGGAGCUCACUGUCUCAGCCUCAGAAAAACAGGACCACACAGCGGAGAAUCUCAUUAGGAUGGGAUUUGCUGCCAUGAUCUUCAUAGUCCUUGGGAUUCUGGUCUUUGAGGCUUGGUGA